AUGAAGGGUUACGCACCCAACUCGAACAGUUUCUCACCACCCUGCAUCAACACUCAGUCACGCGUGAACGGCUCCGAACCCUUCAACAGUCACGCAUCAUCGCCCCUCCAUUCAAGUCAAUGGAGUAACCAAUGGGAUCUCUCCUUAUCAGUCAGUGGGAGAGAUUCUGAUAGUUACCAUGUCAACAGCAAUUUCUCUGUCCAUACCACACCCCCCACGCGGGAUUAUAGCAGCAAACCACACCCCACUUCUGAAAACUCAGGUGCUAGAAGAAAAAUACUCUCUUCUUCCUCUCCCAACCCCCCCAAAGUUGGUCACUCAUCUCCAGCACGUCGAGUCAGGAUCAGCGAGCCCUCGUCCCAUGAUGACUACAUCUCUCGACUUGAGAAUCUGCAGCAGAGACUCAGCGGGAUGGAUUCGGAUGAAGAAAGUGUAGCAGACAUUAUGUGAUGUCGAUGUACUCCAAGGUCAAGGUUUUUUCCACGGAGAUAGGCGUGAGAUCCAGAGAACCUUGUUAUUAUUUUGCCGUCAUUGUGACCUUGUUCGACCUUGUUCGACCUUGACCUUCAUUGGCUCCAUACUCUCUGAUAUUGGACA